AAAUAAGACAAAGGGUGCCGGAAGAAGAAGAAGAAGAAGCAAAAGAAGAAGAAGCCAAUAGCAGCAGAGCAGGAAGUGACGUCACAUAGUCAGAGUAAACAGUUUGUUCGGAUGUCUCUAAUCUGUCACCUUCUUCAUGACUGCGCAGGUGUUUGUGUUGUACUUCGCUAAGAGCGUGGAGCUGACCGGAGUGAAGGAGGAAACGAUUGUUGCCGUGCCGACACCAAUCAGCAGCCAGGACCUUUGGAGUCUGUUGCUGCAGCGCCAUCCGAGACUCUCCGUGCUGCAGGAUCAGGUGGUCUUGGCGGUGCGUCAGCAGUACGUUGCCAUUGGCGACCAGGUGGUGACUCUGGCUGACGGGGACGAGGUCGCCGUGGUGCCGCCUCUCAGCGGAGGAUAAACACAGACG